CCCGCGAGCGUCGCUCGUCGACCGCUCGAAAGAAUUCAAAAGUUAACAUGUCAUAGACAAGAUUCGUUUCUUUUUCAAAGUGUGGUACCGUUGUUUCCCAUCUCUUUUAGAAGUUAACGUUGUUCCGUUACUGUGCUAUUGUGCUGUGCUUCACGUAACGUAUUUAGAUUAGCGAUGAGGUUCGAACUUCAUGAUAAAAUAAUUUACUAAGUGAAAAUUAAAACUGCUGUUAUGUGCAAGUGACACCAGGUGACACGUGACUGAGAAGUGAAGUGAAGUGAAUUUCUUUCUAAUUAUGACGUGAUCAUAUUCGCCAUGUAUCGGCCGAAUUUCUACGAGAGCACGUGCUUCAGGUGCAACGAGAUAGUGUACCAAGUGGACCGUGUUGGUCCACUGAAGGACUUUACAUUCUUUCAUAGCGGAUGCUUCAAGUGUGCGGUGUGCGGAACGAAAUUAACAUUAAAGACUUACUACAACAACCAGCACUGGACCGAAGAUAAAGAAGUGUACUGCUCGAGCCAUGUGCCCAAGAUCGGUCCAGGCCACUUAGACAACUCGUCAGUGGGCAUUCGCAGCGCUUUAAACGUUCCGAAGAGCAACAACUACGUGAACGAACAGAUCAGAGGACUCGCCAGGAACAGCCAUGAAACUGAAUUGUCACCAACUCGCGCUACAAACGGCGGCAGCGUUCAUGCGUCGCCUGCGCGGGAGUUGUCCCGCGAUACGCCCGACUACCAAUAUGGACGCUUCGACGCCAGCGCGUUGCACAUCGCGCAUGCGCUUAAACAGACAGAACUACAAAAGGCAUACCACAGGCCGAGAGAAAAGCCUAUCGACUGCUAUUUGGAUCGAGAUGAACAAACAAAAUUAGAAAUGAAACAUAGACAGGAAGAAGACGAUUUGUACAGAAAAUUCUCGAAACAUCGCGAAGAAGAAAAUAGAAGAAUAAGAGAAGAAAUACAGGAUGAAUGGGAAAGAGAAUUAGAAAGGCUUACAAACAGAUUCCAGCAAGAAAUGCAAGUUAAGAAGCGGAGACCUGACGCAGAGAUCGGCGCCCUCACCCUGCGCCAUCAGCAGGAGAGAGCCGACCUCGAAAAGAACAUGACACUCCGAAGAGAUAAGAAGAAAGAAAGUUUAACAAGAAAAAUGUUGGAACACGAAAGGGCAGCAACAGCAGCCCUAGUUGAGAAGCAAAGCCACGAGAUGAUGGAGCUCAUACAAGAACGAAGAUCAGAGUACAUGGCGGCGUCAUCACUCUACUUAGAUGGGGAAGAAGCACCUCCUUACCCAGCUCGAGCUCCAGCACCACAACCUCCUCUAGUUUCUAAAUUCCAUAUUUAUACAGAUCCGGCGGAAUUUGCAGAUGUUGAUAAGAUUGCCAUCUCGGUGGCGCAAGAAGACCAAAAGACCUUUACUGACCUCGUCCGACAAUUAGUAGGGAGAUGUGCAAGUGACGUAGAGAAGGCUCGUACGAUAUUCCGCUGGAUCACAGUGAAGAACUUAAACAAUAUCCAGUUUGAUGACAAUUUAAGAGGAGAUUCGCCACUUGGUCUACUCAGAGGGAUUAAGCACGGCACAGAAAGUUACCAUGUUCUGUUUAAGAGAUUGUGCAGUUACGCAGGUCUUCAUUGCGUUGUUAUCAAAGGAUACAGUAAAUCAGCGGGCUACCAACCCGGCGUCCGUUUUGAGGACAACCGGUUCCGUAACUCCUGGAACGCAGUAUAUGUGGCGGGUGCUUGGCGUUUCGUGCAGUGCAAUUGGGGAGCUCGGCAUUUAGUGAACGCUAAAGAUGCUCCUAAACCAGGAAAUAGAGGGAAGAGUGAUAGCUUAAGAUAUGAAUACGACGAUCAUUACUUCCUGACCGAUCCAAGAGAAUUCAUCUACGAGUUCUACCCGCUCCAGCCAGACUGGCAAUUGCUAAAGACACCCAUAACGUUGCAUGACUUUGAAGAACUGCCGUUCGUCAGGUCACUGUUCUUCCGCUACGGUCUCUACUUCAGUGACCCUAACACUAAAGCUGUUAUGUACACUGAUUCGACUGGUGCGGCGACUAUGCGCAUAGCAAUGCCGGCACACAUGCAAAGCUCGCUGAUCUUCCACUACAACCUCAAAUUUUACGACACGGAGGGAGAUGGCUUUGAUGGUGUGAGCCUGAAAAGAUUCGUUAUGCAGUCAGUGGUAGGCAAUGUGGUAUCCUUCCGAGUGCACGCUCCGUGCAGCGGCGCCUUCUUACUGGACAUCUUCGCCAACGCGGUGACUCCUCGCGAGUACCUCACAGGCGAACCGAUGAAAUUUAAGAGUGUUUGCAAGUUUAAGAUAUGUUGCGCGGAACUUCAGACCGUCAUGGUACCAUUACCAGAUUGUGCAAGCGGCGAAUGGGGUCCGACCAAAGCUACAAGACUCUUUGGACUGGUUCCCAUCACUCAUCAGGAGGCAUUAGUAUUCGCGGGUCGAGAACUUGAGAUCCAGUUCCGUAUGUCACGUCCUCUGGCGGACUUCAUGGCGACCCUUCACAAGAACGGAGUAGACGAGAAGCGACUCUCGAAAUACGUGCAGCAGAACGUGUCGGACGAUAUCGUCACUUUCUAUAUUACAUUUCCCGAAGAAGGUCAAUAUGGCUUAGACAUCUACACGAGGGAACGAAAUGGACCAACAGCGAUCCAUCAGAACGGUUCAACGGAAAAGGAAAAACAUCUCCUGACUCACUGUUGCAAAUAUCUCAUCAACAGUAGCAAGAGGAAUUAGAUUAAAACAACAAUUUAGAAAAGCGACUAGCUUUGAACUUAAAAAUGAAAUCAAAACUUAUACUAUCACGAAUUGGUACCAAUGUUUUUGUUCUAUUGAAUUGGAUGAAAUAAUAUAAAAAAUAUAUCCAAGCUCCCAAAUAUUUAAAUUAAUUUUCCCUUUUUCCAUAAUGAAAGAUUAUAUGACAUGGAUGUAAUGUUCAACUAUUGCAAAUAAACUGGACUUUACAAAAAAGUUAUAAAUAAAAAGCUAAAUAUAAUUUGUUAUACUAAGAUUUUCCACAAAUUAUAAUGAAAAUGGGUAACCCGUCAAUUUAAAUAUAGAACUAAUAUAUUGUCCAUUAUAGAUGUGUAGAAAUUUAUUACAAUUUAGAACAUUCCAGUUUUUUUUAUAAUCGCAAGAAGACUUUGUUAAAUAUAUUUUUAAUAAUAUAAGAAUUAUAUCCAAAUGUAGAUAUUAUUAGAAAAUAAAACCCGUCCAUUAAGAUAUUCAUUUAUUAAUGCAAUUUAUACAUAUAUUAUUUGUAAAUGGAUUAUUUUAUAAUUAUAUUUUUACAUUUUAAGUAAUCUAGGUUGUGUCGAUGCAAUCUAAUUGCGUUCUUAGUUGUAAGGAGUGCGUUGGUUUUACAUGAACAUUGUCAUUAAAAGAUUAUUAAUAUAGUUUGAAGAUACAUUUCAUUAAAUAUAAUACAAUAAGUUUAUUUAUUAAGAAUAUUCAAUAACAUAUUAUAACUAAACACGAUAGGCACAUUAAAAAACCGCAUACAUCUCUGCUUGUUAUCCUUCAUUUAUGCAUCAGAAACGUUUCAUUUCAUAACGUUUUGAGUAGAAACGUUUUAUCAUAUUCGACCUUGAAAUACUCUCAUCGCACCCAAAGAAGUUUAAUUUCAAAGAAUCAAUUUUUUUAUUAUAAUUUGAGGCUUUUUUUCAUUUACAAAGGAGUACUUAUACGUUUGCAUCUCUUUCUUGCAACAACAGUUUCAUAAUUCAUGUUUAAUAAACAAACUUGAUAAUUGAGGAAAAUUUUAAAGUAUGUAUUGAAGAGCAAUGUGUCUAGAGAUAAAAUGUUAUUGGAUAUAAACAUUGAAGAUCGUUUUUUAUAAAUUGUAUAAUUGUCAAAAGUAAAAAUUAAAGAGGUAUGUGAAGCACAGAAAACUAAAUUAACAGACAAAUGAUAUAUAUAAAUAAGAUUUUAUACACUAUCCAAAAUCAAACCACUUAUUAGAAAUAUUAUAAAGCAAUAGAAAAAAAAAAUAUCCAUGACAAUUUAGAUGAAAACCAGCA